GAUGAGGAUAUUGUUUGCGAUUGCUUUGACGGGAAAGAGAUUUGCUCUUCAGAAAGGUAAACUUGGAACUGCUCCUUCUUCGUUUAGCCAUUGCAGUUUCUGGGUACGAGCUUUUUCUAGUGGUGUUUACAGAGAGAAGUUGAGUAGAAAUGUGUUAAAGGACAUUAAGUUAGACGAUGCAAUUGGUUUGUUCGGUCAGAUGGUCAAGUCUCGUCCUUUGCCUUCCAUUGUUUAUUUCAGUAAAUUGUUGACUGCAAUUGCUAAGAUGAAGAAGUUUGACCUUGUCAUCUCCUUUGGGGAGCAGAUGCAGAAGUUGGGAAUUUCUCAUAAUCUCUUCACUUAUAGUAUUUUCAUUAACUGUUUCUGCCGAUCCUCUCAACUCCAUCUUGCUUUAGCUAUUUUGGGGAAGAUGAUGAAACUCGGUUAUGAGCCCGAUGUUGUCACGCUGAACUCGCUGCUCAACGGUUUUUGUCACGGGAAUAGGAUUACAGAUGCUGUAUCUCUUGUUGAUCAGAUGGUGGAAAUGGGACUUCAACCAGAUACUGUCACAUUUACAACUCUUAUCCAUGGACUUUUUCUACACAGCAAAGCAUCCGAGGCAGUGGCUUUAGUUGAACGGAUGGUGGUGAAAGGUUGUCAACCGAACCUAGUUACGUACGGUGUGGUAUUAAACGGAAUAUGUAAGAGAGGUGAUACUGAUUUGGCUUUAAGAUUGCUGAAGAAGAUGGAUGAAGGGAAAAUAAAGCCUGGUGUUGUAAUCUACAACACAGUCAUCGAUGCUCUUUGCAAAUACAAGCAUGUGAAUGAUGCACUCGACCUAUUCAACGAAAUGGAGAUCAAAGGAAUCAAACCAGAUGUUUUUACCUACAGCUGCCUCAUUAGUUGCCUUUGUAAUUAUGGAAGAUGGGAAGAUGCUGCUGGACUACUAAGCAAUAUGAUUGAGAGAAAAAUCAACCCCAAUGUAGUUACAUUCAAUGCAUUGAUAGAUGCGUUUGCAAAAGAGGGGAAGCUUUUAGAGGCUGAGAAAUUGUAUGAGGAGAUGAUCAAAAGGUCCAUGGAUCCUGAUGUUAUCACUUUCAGUUCAUUGAUCAAUGGGUUUUGUAUGCAUGAUCGCCUAGACAAGGCUAAGCAUAUGUUUGAGUUCAUGGUUAGCAAGGAUUGCCUCCCAGAUGUAGUGACAUAUAAUAUUCUUAUAAAGGGAUUUUGCAAGUGUAAAAGGUUAGAUGAAGGUAUGGAACUCUUCCGCCAGAUGACUGGAAAAGGAUUGGUUGGAAACACCGUCACUUACAACACACUUAUCCAAGGAUUUUUUCAUGAUGGCAACUGUGAUUCUGCCCAAAUGGUAUUCAAACAGAUGGUUUCUGAUGGUGUGUCUGCCAGUAUUAUGACGUACAACAUCUUAUUAGAUGGGCUUUGCAAUAACGAGAAGCUAGAGACAGCAUUGGUCAUAUUCAAGGAUCUGCAAAAGAGUGAAAUUGAAAUUGAUAUUUUUACAUAUAGUAUUAUGAUUGAUGGGAUGUGCAAGGCUGGUAAGGUGGGAGAAGCGUGGGAUUUAUUUGGUAGCCUCGGCCUUAAAGGAUUGAAGCCUGAUGUUGUAACCUACAAUACAAUGCUCUCAGGAUUAUGUAGGAAAAGCUUAAUGCAAGAAGCGAAUGCCUUGUUCAGAAAAAUGAAAGAAGAUGGGAUUCUCCCAAAUAGUGGUACCUAUAAUACGCUGAUCAGGGCACAUCUAAGAGAUGGUGACGAAACCGCAUCAGCUGAACUCAUCAAAGAAAUGAGGAGUUGCGGGUUUGUUGGAGAUGCUUCGACCUUUGGCUUGGUGACUAAUAUGUUACAUGAUGGAAGAUUGGACAAAAGCUUCCUCGAUAUGCUUUCUUAA